AGCAGCAGCCGCAGCAGGAUAGGUUAGGGCUAGCAGAGACAGCACACACCAGGAGCCAUGGGACUUUGCCUCGGUAGCAAGAUCAAGUUCUGUGAUACUGACAAUGCUGAAAAGAGAUUUAAGGUAAUAAAUGUGAAUGAUGACGGUAAGAAGAUAUGCCCUGGAGUUAUGGAACUCACAGACACCUCCUUAGAUUUUCAUCUUGAAAAAGGAGGGUUUGUUAAGUGGCCCUUCGUCAGCUUGUUGAAAUAUGGAUACGAUUCCAACCUCUUUUCUUUUGUCUGUGGUAAAAGGUGUCAGACUGGAGAAGGAAUAUUUGGCUUUAGCUGUAGCCGUGCAGAGGAGUUGUUUCACAUGUUAAAGAGUUCAAUGCAGAAAAACCGGAUAAGCAUAAUCUCUGACACAGACUGGGAAAGUCAUACAUAUGAUGAACAUGGUUUACCUUAUAGAUACAAGUCCUGCACAUUUUAUCCAAGCUCUUCACCUGUUAUCCCAAUCUCAAAAAGACCUGAACCUGUUGGGAGUGAGCGCCCACAUGAUUUUGAUGGUAUUUCCACACACACUUCAGAACAAUUUUACACACCUACAUCUUCUAAAGGAGACAGAGGGAGGCACAGGUAUCCUAAAACCCUGGAUCGGAACACCUUGGAUACUGGUAUCAGUCAAACAUCUUCUACCCACAGUUACUAUGAGGUUCCUAUGGAGUAUCCAGAGCCCAGAAACUAUCAAAAACCAUUAUUUGCACUUAAAAACCAAAUGGAAAGAGAAACUGGGCACCUAGAGUGCAUAGACUACGAUGUUGAUGAGCACAAGUUGUCCUCUUGUAUAAGAAGAAUGGGUUAUGAGAAUAUCAGUGCACUUCAUAGUGAGGGGUCAAGAAGUAUAAUUUCGGAUGUCAGUAGCUCUGACUCUCAGACUACAAAUUGUGUUUCAACACUGUCUGCAGUAGGCUCGGAGAGCCGGCCAUCAAGUCCUUCAGUGUCUGAAGAAAAGCACAGUUUGGAACUUAAGGUGUCUUCAGCAACUGAAAUAAACAUAUUCCGUUCUUCUUAUCUGAACAGACUUUCUUUGGGUCAAAACAGUGAGAACUGCACAGCUACAUAUUUCAACUUUGAUAUUACAUCACAUCCCCAUGAAAUGACAAAGCUAAACUAUAUUGAUGUUGAGAGUAGCUGUGACUCAGACAAUCCACAGACACCUGUAAGCCCUGACCCUUUCUUUCAAGGGGCUACAAGUCUACGAUGCAAACCUUAUGCAGAAUUGGAUUUAGAAAAAACUGUUGCAUUAUCGCGUAUUCAAAAUCAAAGGCUAACUGAUGAUGGCACUAGAAAGACCAGGCACAACUGCAAACAUCUUCCAGCUUGAUUAACCUAAACAGAAUUUCUCACAUAACUAUGCUCUAGUACAGCAUUGCUGAGAUACCAGAUCUUUUCUUUUGUGGGCCUUUUUUUUUUUUUUUUUUUUUAAAUCCCUUCAAGACAUAGGCUAAACUGAGUGCUGUCAGACUGAUCAAUUCAUUAUAAAAUUAUAGUAAUCAUGGUGUAAUGUGAACAAGGUAAUAAUCUACUGUAUAGAAGCACCAAUUGUCAGCAUU